AUGCUGUUCAACCCCCUGCCCUUUGAUGGGCUGCUGGCGCCAGCAGGCAGCACGGCACAGGCACACCAGAACUGCACCGGCGCCAGCAAAGCCGCUGCUGCAAUUGCCGCCAGGCUGUUCACGGCUGCAGAUGUGCAAAGCUUGCUGGCAGUCAUCGGCAACCCCUCACUGCCGCGCGGCUUGGCAGCGGCAGCCCUGACACAGCUGUCCCAGGUUGCUGGCGAUGAGCGCUUUGCAGCUAUCCUUGCCACGGAGACAGUACUGCCUGGGCUGCUGGAACAUGCUCUGGACACCUCGCCGAUGCACCAAGUCCAGCAGCCAGCGCUGGCAUGCCUGGUGAUUCUUCUGGAGCAGCAGCAGCCCGCCAGUGGUGCAGCCGGGUGCAGCGUGCCUCAGCCCUUCUGUACCGCAUACUGCUUCGCCUACCCAACAGCGGUGAUCCUUCCAAGGUGGGAGGCAGACCUGGUGCGGGCCUCGCAGGCGACCCUCAGGUGCCUGCAGCCAGAGGAGCUGGUAGCUGAGGCACUGGAGCAGGUCAAGGCGUCGCAGGACCACGCCCAGUGCCAUGCCGCGCUGCGGCGCUUGAAGCUGCUGCUGGCGGCGGUACCUCAGGGCCUGACUGCGUUUGCGGCGGCAGACUGGCUGGACGCGCUGCGCUUCUUGCUGGCCACGUCACCGCAGUCUGCCGAGGACUGCCAGCUGUGGGUGGAGAUGCUGCCGCUGCUCCUGCAGCUGGUGCAGGCUGGGGCAGCCAGCCAAACUUUGUUGUCAUUUGCGGCAGGCAGUGCAUAUGCCUGGGUGCAGCAGCAGGGCUCGGCACUGGACAGCCCACACACGCAGGCAGCGCUGCUGCCUGCCGUCUUGAACACGGUGCGCACCGUUGCAGAGCGCAGCCUGCAGUGCACCGGCAGCGGUCAGCGGGCCCAGCUCAUGGACGCCAUGCGGGGGCACGACUGGAUCCUGCUGCUGACACAGCUGGUGCUGCAGGGCGGGUAUGCGGCCAAGGUGGCCGCGCUGCAGCUCGCAGUGGUGCUGGUCGGCGGCAGCGCCGGCUGCCCUGGCAGCUCCCAUGCUGUGGCCGCCCUGCUGCAAGCAGUCAUGCGGCACAUCCUCAUGCCUCGCCACCUGUGGGCCACGGACCUCCUGCACGGCAAGGCAGCAGUGGCGGGGGCCCUGGCGGUGCUGCUGGCCAUCACCCGGGCAUUGCCCGCCCCAGACUGGGCUGCGGCAUGGGCAGAUGUGGGCAGCACGUACUUCCUGUCGCGGGCCGCCGCAGACAGCUGUUCAGUCCUUGUGCAGCGAGAUGCGCUCCUCUUGCUGGCGGCAGCCAUUGCAGCACCUGCCACCAAUGCAAUGGUGCUGUCGGCGUGGCCGGAGUGCUUGGCCGUGGCUAUCAAGGCAGCCCUGGAUCCCUUGGCUUCAGCAGCUGAGCACCUGCUCGGGAGGCAGGACCUAUGGGACGGUGUCUGCACUAUCCUGCAGCAUGUGCUGGUGGACGCAGAAGCGGCCUGCCGGUUGGUGGAUGGCAAGGUGCUGCUGCGCCUGCUGCGCCUGCCAAGCGCAGCUGGACUGGUGGGCCAGUCCCUGGCCGGCCUGCCAUGCUCAGAAGCAAACAGCCUGCUCGCGGCAAUGGAUGCGGCCCAUGCAGCUGCGGUCCUGCUGGUGGCAACGGCGCAGCUGGCCCCGGAAAGCCGUUGGGCAGCGGCGGUGGCGUCAGUCAUGGGCCAGGAGUGGUGCGGUGUGGACGGCAAGAAGCGGCUCUGCCGGCUGCUGGCGGUCGUGCUGCAGCACGAGGAAUCCGCAGCGGCCUUCCUCGAGGUAUCUGCUAGCGAUGAGCACAGCCUGGUGCCGCCCUGCAGCACAGGUGACGGUGCAGCAGUGGGGUCGCUCCUGUGCACUCAGCUCAUUGAGCAGUUCCUGGCAGGCGCAGCUGCAGCCAACUGGCUGUCGCAGCAGGAGCUGCACGCCGCCCUGGGCGGUCUUCUGUGCCACAGCCAUGCAGCCAAGCAGGUUGCGGACGUGCAGCAGGGCACAGACUCGGCAUUGUCGCCACCGACCGAGGUGCAGGCUGCCCCUCACGACGGCACCCCAGCGCAGCAGCCGGCGGAGCGUGCCCGCCUGGUCCUGUGCCUGGACCUGCUGCACCAGCUGACGGCGCGCAGCCAAGUGGCCAGCGACAGCAUGGCGGCGGCUGGCCUGCUGGAUGUGGCCAUGCGCCUCUGGGGCGGGGGGGGCGCCGCGGUGCAGCACAGCCUGUCCAGGCUGGCUGCCGUGCGCCUCGCCUCGAUUGUCCUUGACAGCCGCGGCUCCUUGGAUGCCAUUGCGGCGGCGGCGGGGCCCCUGAGCUGCUUUGCCGCCACACCAGAUGGCGCACGGGUGUUGGGGCGGGGGGACGGCGCCGCCUUCCUCCCCCGUGCCCUGCGCCGCCUGCAAGACUGCACGGCAGCCGGGGACUGGAAGCGCCUCCUCCCCAUCCUGCAGGUGCUGGCCGACCUGUGCAGCCAGGAGGAGGGGCAGCGAGCCUUGCUGCGGUGCUCGGCGCCCUCCCAGGACAUGCUGGGGGCGGUGCUGGGGCUGGCGGCGCAGCAGCAGUGCAGCAGCGCGGCUGCCGAGGCGGCCAUGCUGGUGGUGAGGCAGGUGGCCCUGUGCCCCGCCAGCCAGGCACACAUGACCUCCCGCCACGGCGCGCUGCAGCAGCUGGUGGAUGCGGUGGCGGCGGCGGCGCGGCAGCCUGGGCGGGCAGCCGCGGCGGCGCACGCGCUGUGGUCUCUGGUCCACAGCGGGGAGCGGGUCAAGGUGGCGGUGCGGCGGUGCCAGGGAUGGGCAGCGGCGAUCCAGGCGGGGCUGGACGCGCACGGCGGCGGCGGCGGCCAGCAAGCCGAGCCCUGGCACCAGGCGCUGGCCCAGCCCUGCGCUGCGCUGCAGCAGCUGCUGGCCUGA